GUUAAAUAGUUAAAUAGAAUUGCCAUAGGGUAAUUUUCUAUAGAAAUUGCCAUGCAUUCAUUGGAAGUGUUGAAUUUAUCUAAUCAAAUCAUCAAUCUGUUCGUUUAACUCUUUGGUUUUCAAUAAAACUAUUAUUUUCAAGUGUUACACAGUAUAUGUUCAGAUAUUUCUUAGGGUUGUAUUAACUUCCAAAUUCAAAACUAUAAAGGAAAAAGAGAACUAUAGUUAUAGUUGCGUUAGACUCUCGUCCUAUUUAAGUUAGGAAGAUUACAGUGGAACAUCAGUUAAUUAAAGAGAGUUUGAAAAACAUGUGAAGUCUUUGAAUAUCCUCCAAAUAGCUCAGGACCCUAGGAAUAGCUUAACUUGAAAAAAUUCAUCUUUGAACCAGUAAGGUAAUUUCCUCCUUUUUUGGACAGUUUUGAUGAAAUAUUCAGCAAAAAGUGAGAGUGAAUAUUUACCAGAUGUGGAUAUCUCCUGAAACCAAGUCAUUCAAAUAUCAGAGCAGUGUGAUGCCAGCUGUUCGAUCAUCAGGGUGACUCUGCCACGUUAGUCAGGGUUUGACUAGAAGAGUUUUAUGUUUCUUUUAGCAAAGUUUUCUGAUUUUACUUUUCAAAGGACAUCACUGAAACCAUAACACUAUUCAGAUCUGUGACUUUUAAAAUUGUAUUUGUUUCUGUGCGCAGUUUAAAAUUCAAGGUACAAAAGACUGUUCGUUGAAAACUACUUCUCCUCUCUCCUAUCUCACAGCCACCCAUUGCCCUCAUUGGCAAUCGCUCUUUCUAGAUAAUUGUCAAAAAUGGGCCAGGCCUGUAUGAAAAUGCACUAUGAAUAUGAAUGUGGGCUAGACGUCCUUUCUUUUAGUUAUUUCAUAGCUGUGAUGCUGCGACUCUGUGAAGCUAGAGCCCACAUUCGAUUGCUGACUUCCCAGUCCUACUGGCACUGAUUCUGGAUGGGUACUGGAGCUUCCUGUCUAAACUCAAGUAUAUUAUUCAGUGUGGCUAGUGGAGAAUGAACAGCAGUAUUUUGGAAGAAGGGUUCGGGUGACAAGUAUGGAGGAGGAAAUGAAAUUACAUGAGAGGCCCAUGUAUGGGUAUUGGUAGGCAUGCACUUUCAAUGGCAAUUUCAUAAAUCAUCCAGAUGGAGCCGUGAAGUGUCAGGGUGAGAGUCACCCCUCUGUGCCUUAUUUUCACAUCUCUACAGUCAGAACACCAAAACAUACAUUCAGCAGCUGCUGGGAGAAUAAGACAAGAUGAGUGUAUGUAUAACACUUGGGGCCAAGGAAGUACUCCGUUCAUGGGAGUCGUUAGGAAAGAAUUCAUGACUUAGUGGGGAGACCGACAAGUGUACAGUCAGUGAGGCAAAAUUCCACGGACAUGGAUUCGGUGUUGAGUCUGAGCUUAGAAUGACUUAAUGAGCCUGUAAGGCCCUCAGGAACCCUUGUGUGUGCCAUUGGGUCCAGCCAUUUCCCUUCCUUCUUGCAUUUCACCAGCAGACCAACGUGCUGCUUCUAGUUGACAGCCCUUCUGAAAGAAUUUGUCUUCUCCGAAUACAAAAACAGUAUAUUCCUUCUUUCUGCUGGAUCUGCUUCAAAGUUGUGCCACGAGGAAGGAUCCAUGGAAAGUUUGCUAAACUUCACUUGAGCCUCAGUCUCCUUAUUUCCAAAAAUGGAGAUGAUAAUGCCUACAUUCCAGGACUAUUUCGAGGGUGGAGUACGAUAAUGGAUGCACAACACCUCAUCUAUGCUUGGCCCUCAAAAUGAGCUUGUGCCCUUCUCCCAUGACCACAUAUAUUCGGAUGGGUGGAGCGUAUGUCACACAGGGAAGAAAGGCUCGGGAAUUGUAAUAAUUUGUUGAUUUGGUGCCUUGUACCCCCAGCCACAAACGGUGUACUUUCAGGGCCAUUCUCCUAGCCAGAUGGCUAACUGGAGAACAUGAGCCUUCGGAACCCAAAUCUGAUAAGUACUCGGGAAGACUCCUCAAGAGAGGCAAAGCUAAGAGAUAAGCUAAAUGUACCUUCUCCAGUUGUCCUACAUUUGAUGCCAGCAGGCAAAUCAGAGCCCGUUGGGCGACGUGCAAUUCUGAGAAGCGAGGAAAGUGAAGAAGCACUUGUUCUUCCUCUGGGAACGCCAAGGCAAGUGGAAAAGCUCCGAAAUCUAUUGUCCCGUUGCAAGCACAAUGAGGAAAGCUGGAGAUGCGCUGCCAAAAUCACGUGGCUGGUGAAAACACGGCUUCCUGCUCGUGGUAGAGAGCCUGGCUGAUGACUCUCAGACUGGACAAAGGCCUCAAUGGCCAGGGGCCACUCUGCAGGAACUGGGCCCCAGGCACCUCGGAUUGAAAACCAACCUAACAAAGCGUGUCUGUUUCCACUUGUGAGAGAUGAAAUGAUACGGGUUUUGUGGAAAGUCAGACGCUUACAAAAGCAAAAUGCCUGCCUUCCUCCGGCCAGCCACAUGGAACAGCCACAUGGAAGGGGCCUCAGACUCAGUGGCUGUGUGCCGCUGGCUCUGGGGACUGCUCUAGAAGGAACAAUGAGGUUUAGAGGCUUGUUGUUAUUCACUGUCUAAUUCUUACUCUUUCCAUUGAUUUCAAAUUCCUUCAACAUAAUUGUAACUUGUGGUAUAAAAAGGAAACUUCCACUUGUGAACAAAGUCUCUAAUAAGAGUCCAAUAACAAAAAUCUACAGAAGACCAAAAUAGUCUUUUGUAGUUACCAGCAGUGACCAGGGCUCCACAUAGCCUGUGUUGUAUUGUUAAGGUAAGAAUCAAUCAUGUCCAGGGAAUACUGUGAAAUGUAACACAUGAUCAAAGUGUAGUAGCUUAAAAGGUGGUGGAUUUCUUGUAAAAUUGAAAUCACAUGUGGCAGCUUCGGGAGAUCUUCAACUGGAACAUAAGCGGUGCUUAUGGAUUCUCACCAAAGUUCUCAGGAAAUGGAGUAAGAACUUGGCAAAUACAUGUCAGAUGUAAAACCACUUCCCACAGUGGUAUUUCAUGGAGAAAUGGGUGGCUCAGUCAGUUAAGUGUCUGACUCUUGAUUUUGGCUCAGGUCAUGAUCCCAGGGUCAUGGGAUUGACCCCCACAAUGAGUGUGGAGCAUGCUUAAGAUUCUCUCUCUCUCUCUCUCUCUCUCUCUCUCUCUCUCUGUCUCUCUUUCUCUUUCUCUUUCUCUUUCUCUUUCUCUUUCUCUUUCUUUCUCUGUCCCUCUCUCCCUCUUCUUCCACUCUAAAAUAAAAAUAAAAGUAAAUAAAUAAAUAAACCAAAGUGGAUAUUGACUGGGACCUUUUCACUGAUACUCUUUUGGGAGCAAUGAAUUUCAAACAGGACAUGAUUAUCAUACAACGUGAUAGGUAGCUCUGAGUAUCCAAGCGGCUAGGGCAUUGUUCAGUGGCAAAGCAUUAAGCUUCUCCAGGAAUCUCUUCUGUGUAGGUAGACGGCUGCUAUGGAGACUGCCUUUUUGUGGGUGAAUUUGCCCAGCAGAUGGCAAACAUUCAGUGGAAGAGGAAGGAUGGUACCCGUUAUUGCUGAUGAUGGUUGAAAAUGAAAUUACUUUAAUGAAUGUCGUACUUGGACUUGGUGACUCAGUCAGAGCCCUGUACACUAAGAGCUCAAUCCUGAGGUCUCAAAGUUGAGAUCUUGAUCAUAAACUUCCUUUUUCCCCUCGGUUUUGACAGAAAAUUUAAAUUCUCUAAGGGAUGUUUUAAAAUGUUUUGAAUUUAUGAAUGUUUUAAAUGUUUUAAAAAUAUGAAAGGAUCUUAAUAGUGCCAACCCCAAGAUAGCGAUUCCCUGCCUUCUAGCUGAUACCAAUUUGUCAUGUGUGAACUACAUUCAACUACAAAUUCCACCUUUAAUUAACAAUGGUCUCUAUAUUCUGGGCGAUACUGUCACAAGAGGGAUCGAGGCAGUUGCCCACAAGUGAAAAUUUGUCCCAGAAUAUACGUUUUGUUAUGCAAAGUGGGAACAAAAAUACCCAAUGAUGCACAGUUUUUCUAAGUUGUUCUCUUAUAUAACCACUUAGGCAACAUAACUGUUGUGAUUACCAAAGUCGUGUCAUAAUACAUGUAUACAAAUUGAUUUCAUAUCAGCGAACUUCACUGGGGAAAAAAAAGAAAUCACUAUUUCUGAAGACUAUGACUUUGGUUUUGUUGUGGAAAUAUUCACUGCUAAUAUAUUUGGUGUACAGGAAAGUGCAGUAUUUUGAUCUGAAAAUCUGAAGCUGUGGUCUCAGUUCCAGCUGACCUUGUGACAUCAUUACAUAUUUCUGAGUUUCAUUUCCCAACAAUUCCAUGAUUCUUUAUAGACAGGGAGCUCAAAAAUGGAAAGCAUCAACAUCUAAAUGCAGUCAGAAGCCUAUUUUCUCCUCAUCUUCCUAACGUUCAGGGAGCAUCCUUAACUUGACUAACAAACCUCCAAAGGUACAAUGGUCAAAUGAUGGGCAAGUACACAUUUUUUAAGCCUUUUCACAUGAUUAUCAGGAAUUGCUGCCCUAGCCAAAAUCCUGCACCAGCCAAGGAGUGUUCAUGUAGAAGAACUUAUUGUAUCCUGCUUCAUGUGGACCUCAAAUGUGAAUAACGUUCGCAUGUUCCUAAUACAUCUUAGACUGGAAUCGGCAAACUUCUUUUGUCAAGAGCCAGACAGUAAAAUAUUUUAGGACUUGUGAGCCACACAGCCGUUGUCACAGUUACUCAACUCUGCCCUUGUCAGACAAAAACAGACCCAUGGCGAAUGCAUAAAUGAAGGAGUGCGGCUGUGUUCCAACAAAACUUCAUUAUCAAAAAUAGCCAACGGGUCAGAUUUGGCCCCUGGCCUAUAUUUUGCUGACCCCUGUUUUGGACCUUCUUAAUACUGCAGUGUCCAUCUGUUGUCAUAACACAGAUUCAAUUUAUACUAAAUUCUGUCCAACUUAUUAAUAUUUUAGUUAAUGUCAUAUAAUACAUUAUGAAUCCGUUCUCCUACCAUCCAUGAAUUUAUCUGAAUUUUUGUUUGAUCUACUAAAAUUUAUACUAUAUCACAUCAUGAAUCUGUUGUCAUAUCCUAUGAGAAUUUUUAAAAAUCUUUGUUUAUCCCAUCAAUAUUUGGAGUCCAUAACAAACACACCUUGAGGUAACAAGUAUCUUAAGUUAUCAAGUGGAUGAUGUAGUAAAUCCUCUCCUCCUUCCCUAACUCUUUCUGAUGCAAAGGGAUUUUACAUAAUUACAGUAUUGGGAAUAAGUUUAUUUAUCCUAUUCCUAUCUUUCUUGGUAUUAACCGUAUCCUGUGACAGCUGUUAUCUUUGCAGACAGAAUAGCUCUAAUCUUCACGAUUUGUGCUUAAAUAGCCCGUCUCCCUCAUCUCCUAGAUAAUUAUAUGCCUCCAUCACUGAGUCUCUGUGGGCUCUCUGGGUCCUUGAAGUAUAGGGACUAGACAGGGACAGAGUGUUCCAGGCUGGUCACAUCAUCUCUUCCUAAUGCUGCCCCGUUGUACCUUUUGACUGCAGCAAGCAAGAAACAAAGUAAAAAUGUGAAAGUGGGGAAGAAAUUGAGAAAGCCCAGAGGAUUUUUGGAAGAGCAAAAUGGACCACAUGAAAAGGAAACAUUGACUCUUGCGAAACGCUCUGAACUGGCUACUAAUGCAUUGUGUAAUUUCUUUAAAUCUUAGUUGUAACCACAAUUAAGCUUUCUGGAGUGUUGAAAAAUGAGAACAAAACUAAUAUCCUGGUUUGCCUAAGAAUGAUCCUGUAGUAAUGUAGAGUGAAGAGCUCUGGUAAGAGUUUGUCUGUGAUGGAUACCAACCAUGCAGAAUUUACACAAGCCACACUUCUGUGAGAUGAGAAAAUUUGGGACAUUAAUUUAGCACACGGGGCUAAAUAGCUGUGAAGUGAGCUCUGCUGCCUAGACAGGACCACACUCCUAAUCUGGGAAAAUCUACCUUUGCGUUGAAUUCUCUCCUCUGCCUUCCUGAGCCAGUGGGAAAUGUUAACCUGAAUUUAGUGAGAUCAGUUAUAGAGGGACUGUGUUGGCAUUAAAAGUCCUGUGCAAAAGGACUUUAUUUACACUUUCAAAACCUUUUUAAAACGUAAUGUUAUAUGAUAAUCAAUUAUAUGUAUUCAAAUUACAAUUUUUCACAGGGUGCCUUGGUGGCUUAGUCGUUUAAGCAUUCCACGCUUGAUCUCGUCUUGGGUCAUGAUCUCCUGGUUCUGUUUGUGGGAUUGAGUCCCGCGUUGGGCUCUACACUGACAGCUUGGAGCCUGCUUGCUAUUCUCUUUCUCCCUCUUUCUCUGCCCCUCUCCUGCUCACACUCAUGCUCUCUCUCUCUCUAUCCCACUCUCUGUCAAAACAAAUAAAAAACUUCUAAAAAAUGUAUCAUAGUCAUCGUUAGAAGUAAUCCUGCAAAAUUUAUGAAACAAACAUAUCAAACCACUUAGACACUAUGCUAAGUGCCCGGGAAAUAAUAGUGAGCAGAAUAGUCUCUUCCCAUGUAGAGCUCAUAGUAUAAAGAGGAAAUAGAUGUCAAUCGAAUUCAUGUAUGUUUGUAAGUAUGGUAAGGACAACAGAGGAGAGGCAUGUUAUUUACUAAGGAAGUACCCCUGAGAAAGUGAUGGUUGACCUUAGACCAAAAUGGGAAGGAAGAGUUAAUUCAGCAAAAGGAACAGCACGUCAAAAGGCACCGAGGCAGGAGAGAGCGUGCCAGAUGUGUGGGAAUAGAAAAAAACUCAGAGUAACAAAAUAUAAGAAAAAGCUGGAGAAUGAGAGAGAGAGGCCAGGCCACACAGGAUCUUAAGGAGCAAUAGGAAGCCUUUAAGGUGUUUGAAGAAGAGGGAUAGCACGAUCCUGCUGGUAUUUUUAAAAACAAAUAAACAUUCAACUAGGGAAAAAAUAGUUUAAGAUUAAUUUUUAAUCUUUUUAAAAAAUUAAAACCAUCUAAAAGAAAAUUACUCAGCCUACUGUAUGGAGAAUAUUGUGGAAACAAGAGCCAAUGCCUAUGCAUUGCUUAGAGGUUAAGACACUUGGCAAGAAAGAUGAAUAAAAACAGUAACUUAUAUGAUUUUUAAAUUCUAGCCUGGAAGGUGGCCCAAGCCUUUGUACCAUCAAACAGUUAAGAUGUUCCUUCAGGAAAUGUUUGGAAAUGAAUGUUUUACCACACAGUAUGACAUCCAUGAGUUUUAGUACUUUGGGAUCUCAGGCACGUACUUCAGAGGAUGAAAAAAGAGAUUUAAUUAGCUUCUGUUUACGAACUCACCAGCCAUGACUUUCCUUACUGUCCAUGUGGUAUUUCCGUCUCUAGGAAUUACUUCUAGCAAUAAGCCAACUAGUUGGUGUAUCCUCCAAAUCUGGUCAAUUCUGAACUUUGGGUCUUAAGUACCUUAUUGGUCUUUGACGAUUUUUUUUAUUUGCCUACCUCUUGACUUAUUUUGCCCCAGAAGAAGAACCUUUUCCUUUUUUUUUUAAGUUUAUCUAUUUUUGAGAGAGAGAAAGAGCAUGAGCAGGGGAGAGGCACAGAGAGACAGAAGAGAGAGAGAGCAUGUGCAUUUGUGCAAGCAGGGGAGGGGCAGAGAGAGGGAGAGAGAGAAUCCCAAGCAGGUACCAUGCCCAGCACAGAGCCCAACUCAGGGCUUGAUCUAGUGAGAACGAUGAGAUCAUGACCUGAGCUGAAAUCAAGAGUUGGACACUUAACCAACUGAACCACCAAGGCGCUCCCCCAGGAGAAGAACCCUCUUAGAUGAAUCAGGUCUAAGAAAGUUUAAUUUUCUUUGAUACUUUAAGGAGGUGGAAGAAAGUAAUUUUGCAUAGGAAUAUAAAUGUUUGUGGGAUGCCUGGGUGGCUCAGUCAGUUAAGCCUCCAACUCCUGGUUUCAGCUUAGGUCAUAAUCUCACAGUUUCGUGGGUUCAAACCCCACAUCAAGCUCUGCUCUGGCUGUGGAGAGCCUGCUUGGGAUUCUCUCUCUCCCUCUCUCUCUGCCCCUUUCCCACUGGUGUGCAUGCUCUCUCUCUCUCACUCUCUCUCUUUGUCUCUCUCUCCCUCUCUCAAAAAUAAAUAAAUAAAAACUUUUUAAAAAGAAUGUAAAUGUUUGCUGUUCAGCAUAUUAUGGAAUAGGUCCCUCAAGUUGGUGAAGGGUUAGAAAAAUGAAUUUUUAUGUAGGCUCAAAAUUUUAAUUACUUUUUUCUGGCAUUGUGGAAUGGAAUAAAGAAAAUGAAUAUCACCAUAAUGCCACCACCUAGAAAAAGAUUACUGUUUACAUAUAAUAAUUUUUUCCUCUCAUUUUUUAAAAAACAUUAGCAAUAUAUAUACAUUUCCAAAACCUUUUUAAAAUGUAAUGUUACAUGAUAAUCAAUUAUAUGUAUGUCAGUGAUUUCUGAAAACAUGUUUUUUAAGCCAUCAUGGCAUUCCAUCAUAGCAAUGUACUGAUUUUGCCAAUUUGAUAAGUCUAAAAGAAUGUUAUUUUCAUUUCUUUCAUUACCAGGAAUAAUUUUUUCUUUCGUACAUUUACCAUUCUUCAUAUUUCUUCUUGUAUGGAUUCCCUUUUAUGGCCAUUAUCAAAAUUUCUAUUUGUCUCCCAAUAUUCUCUUAAUUUUUAAAAAAUGAACUCUUUCUAUUUUAAGGAUAUUGAAUCUAUUUUCUAUAAUAAUAUAAAUAUCUUACCCAAUUUGGUCUUUGUCUUCUAAUUCUAUGUAAAGUAUUUUUGAUAAGCAUAGAUUUUUAUGGCUUGAAGGCUAUCAGUUUUUUCCUAUGUGAUUACUUAUUAGCUGUUCAUUCAACACAUACUUGUUGAGGGUCAUGUAUUAGCCACUAAGCUACAUGACGGGAGUAAACCAGAAAGCAAGACAGAGAUGGCUUUGUCUUUUCAGAGCUUAUAGUCUAGUGAGGAAGUAAGACAAAAAACCAGGCCAGUUUAAUAUAACACAGUAUAAGCUCUGUGAGAGGAAGUGUAGGGUAGCAUGAGUCCCAUAAUCUGGACGUCAGGUUAAGAGAAGGCUUUUGGAAAGUAGCAACUUUCUAGCUGAGAAUGAAGAGACAAGGCGAUGUGAAUUGGGGCAGAGGAAAGCAGUAUGUGCAAAGGUUCAUGUUCAGUGACCUAAAUGCUAAAUAUCCCAUGCGUACAACGUGGAGUGUAUGUGCCAAGGGGGCGGAGGGGAGUGAUGGACAAGAUAUGAGCAGGAGCCCACUUGGGAGGCUGCUGUUUGCAGCAGUUCAGGAGAAAGAUGAUGGGCAAGGAAGGUGCUGACCAUAUUCACUGGAUAAACAAUGCUUCAGUUAUGUAUUAAGUUCUUAUGCGUAUCCUACUGGCCACUGCAGAAUAAGCUAUUUAGUUUUAUUGUCAUCUAAAUGACAGUUCUUGGACCAACACCACGCUGGUUUUGAGUUUUAUGAAACAUGUAAACUGGUAGGGCAUAUAACUUCUCAUCACUUUUCAGUUUCAAAUUUAAUGUCAGUGUGUCCUGGGUAAACUCUAAAAUGAUUUUGGAAAGUUAGAAAAGCAUGUGUGUGUGUGUGUGUGUGUGUGUGUGUGUGUGUGUGUGUAAAUACACAUGUAUGUAUGUAUGUAUGUAUAUGCAUGUGUACACACACAUACACACACAAUCUUCCAUUGGUAACUGGAGAAUGCAUUAAACGUAUAGGUCAGUUAUGAAAGAACUGUCAAUCUUUUUAAUAUUGACUCAGCCCAUCAAGAAGCAUUGAACAUCUCCCCACAUACUUGAAUUUUCUUUUAUAUUUCUUGUUAAAGUGUUAUAGUUUUACUCAUGUAUGUCCUAUACAUUUCAUGUUAGGGUUAUUCUUAUGUAUCUUAUGCUUUUAGGCUCUCAUUAUUAAUGGGUCUUUUUUUUUCCAUAUUUUCUCUCUGAUAUUGCUCUCUGAUAGGAAAAAUACUAAUGUACAUAUUUCUUUCUAUCUAUUUGACUCGUAAUUGAUUAUAAGAAUUUUUAGUUGAUUAUAAGAGUUUGUAACCAACAGUCUAUAAAUGGUAAUUUUCCUCCUUUCAAUAGCUGCAUCCAAUUUUUGUUUGAUGUCUUGUAACAUUGAUUAUAACUUCUAUUAAAUAGUAAUAGAUAGUGAACAUCCUGUUAGUAUCAAUUUUAACAAGAAUGCUUUUUAUUUAACAUUUUUUAAAGUAUAUUCAAUAGUAUACUCAAUGAGAAAUAAUAAAAUAAGCAUGGGAAAUGCUACAAAUGAAAUCUUCUCUCCCAGGGAUUCCUAACUUAUAUUCAUAUGUUAAGAGUCUGGGAUCAGCAAUAAAGAAACUAGUUCAACUGAGUUGAACAAAUAUUUCUAAAAUGUAUUUGACCACAGAAAUCUUUUUCUCUCAUUUGGAAAGUUACACCAAUUAUAACAGUUAAUAUUAGAUUAAUUUGAUCUUUUAUUUUUCUAUUUUUGGGGGCACCUUAUCUCUUUGUUUUUAAUCUACCUUUUGCCACAUGGAAGAUGGUUUGGUUUUGCUUUUAUUUUUUCCAGUAAAUUAGAAGGUAGUCAUCCUCUUUUUAUUUCUACAAGCUAUUGCACUUAACGUUUUCCAAAACACUUUACCUGUAUUUUAUACUUAACCAGAGUCAUGGACAUUAACCGUCUACUUUUAUAAUCAAGUUCAUAAUGAAAUGACAUGCUUGAAUGGCCAUAUCAAAGAUGAGAUGUUUAAUCCAUUUUACUUCCUUUCAACCAUUUUCUCAAUAUUUGUAAGAAUAAAUUAACAUUUUUUAUUCAGGUUACUGUCAAUCACAUAUUUUAUAUUACUUCUCUUUUGUGAAUUAUUUUAUCUAUUCAGCCAUGUAAUCAUAUUUACAGUACAUUUUUGCAUAGUUAUAUGGUUAUCUGGUUUCUGUGUACAUAGUUUUUGGCCUUUAUACCAUAAUUUUCUUAUUUUUGAUUCAUUUUAAUUAUCUCUCAGGCAGCUCAAAAGUCAUUGUAAGUAGAACAAGGAGAUAAUUUUUUUUUGAAUCCUUUUAUUUACUUAAACAAAUUUCUGUCUGCUUUCAACAUAAAUAGCAACUUUUCUGUGUAUAAAAUUCUUGCCUAACCAUCUUUCUUGCUUUUUGCCUUUAGUCAUGUGGUGGGAAAAUCUGAGAUGAUCCCUAUUUUUAUUUCUAAGUUAGUAAUCUGUUUUUCUUCAUGGAAGUGUAUAGGUUUUACUUUGCAAUUCAAAUACUUUGUCAUAAUGUAUCUAGGUGUAAGCUCUUUUUCUGAUUUUCAUAGGCUUGCUGAAUCAUGUCAGUUACCAGAGUCAGAUCUUCCAUUUGCACUAGGAAUUUUUCCUUUUCUUAAAGCUUCUUUUAUGAUUUCGAAUAUUUUUUUCCUUUAUUCUCUUUUUUUAAAUAUGUAUUUUCAAAAUUUGGAUGCUUUAUUAUAGAGAGAUAAUUUACAUCGAAUGAAAUACAAAGACUUCAAGCAUACCCUAAGUUAGAUCAGUUUGCCAAACUCAUAUAUCUGAGUAACUCACAUCCGUAUCAAGCUAUUGAACAUUCCCAUCACAGAAUUUCCUCAUGCCACUUCCCAAGUAAUCCCAAUACCAGAUGCAACCACUGAUCUGAUUUCUAUCACCUUAGAUUGGUUUUGCUUGUUCUGAGUAUCAUAUUAUACAUAUUACAUAUUAUAUAACAUAUGCAAUAUUAUGUAUAAUACUUCUUUUACGUAUUUUUUGAGAUUUAUCCAUGUUGUUGCUGGUGUCAGUAAUUCAUUUCACUUAUUGCUGAAUAGUAUUCUAUUCUAUGAAUACCUUAUGAUUUGUUUAUUGAUCUUCCUAUUUGUGGAUACCUGGGCUAUAUCCAGUUUGGUGCUAUUAUGAAUAAAGCUGCUAGUAACAUUCUUGUUAGGUUUGUUGUGGACAUAUUUUUUCUUUUCUUUUCUGUUUUCUUUUUUUUUUUUUUUUUUUUUUUUAUAAUUCUGUAGGAGUAGAGUUUUGAGGUCAAAGACUGGGAAUAUAUUUAACUGUUAAGAAACUGACAACAGUUUUCCAAAGUGGUUGUGCCAUUUUACAUCCCUGCCAGCAGUUUAUGAGUUUCAGUUGCUCUGUAUCCCUGGUGACAUUUAGUGUUGUCACUCUUUCAUUUUAGCCCUGCUGUUGGGUGUGUGGUGCUGUCUCACUGUGAUCAUUGGUGUCUCUUUCAAGAGUAUAAAUUAGCCCUAAUUUGAUUCUGUGCCCCCCUUGAUGUAUCUACUAUCUUGUAUCUCAUUUAUUCCUUUAAAGGAGUACAGUGCAGGGCUUCUAUAUUUUAGGGAGUGUCUGAUUCUGUGUCCUAACAUGUCAGUUUUGCCUCUUCCUGCCUUCAGUGGACUUAUUAGUACUAUUAUUAAUACUACCCAUUUUUUGGUUUCCCUGCAAUCCUCCUCAUCUUACCCAGCCUUUUAUCUCAUAACAGCUACCUGUCUGCUUUCACAGGGUCUUUUUUUCUACAUCAAUUGAGAAUGAGAAAUAGUUUUCUAAAAUUGUUUCUGAGAUGAUGCUUCAGUUUCCUUGCUAUGUACUUUAUCCACUGUCUGUGCUAUUUAUUUUUCAUGCUUACUCAUCCAGGAAUGAAAGCCGAUCCACUUAGACCCAAUAUUUGUGAACACAUAGAAUGUGCAGUGUGUUCUGGGACCUGCUCAGUUUGUACCAGGCUAUAAGUUUUCUGGUUCACAGCCGGAGGGCAGAAUGACAUGUCCUAGUUCAAUAUCAGCUUCUAACAGGAAUGCUGCUAAUGUAGUUUUGUGUAUAGAGAUAAGAUCUCUUCCCCCACCGCCUAUUCUCCUACUCUCAAAACAGGAAACACAAAAAAGGCAUCUUUGAGAUCUCUUUCUUCCAGGACUCUUCCUUCCUUCUCCCUGUAGUCUUUAUUUGUUGGAUACGUGUUCUAAGAUAUCCAGUGCCUGGUCUUGUAAAAUCCAAAUCCACUGUUUUCUGAAGGUUGAAACUUUCAUAUGGAUAUAGAAAGGAUGCCCUGCUGUGUUGAAGAUGGCUUUAGUAGGAGGGUAGCAGAACAGUUUUCAGGAAAAGAGUGAACUAUCUUCCUAUCUUCUUUGAAGCCAAUAGUUUGGUUUUGUUUACAGCAGCAAAUCAUAUGUUUGUUGGCAGUUGUGAUUCACUUUUCACUGCCAUGGGUCAUGUUAGUCCCGACAUUUCCUCCAGGUUUCUGACUAUGGACUGACUGCAGGUCUUGGUUUUUUUUAUAUAGUCUAGAUUUUUCAUUCUCCCUUUCCCUCCUCCACCCCCUGUCUUUAUAAGGAGUCAAAAAUAGGUACUUCUUUCCAGAAACGUAAUAAAUGUCUUAAGUCCUUUUCAGUUGUAAGAUGUUAUCAUUCUAUACACUUCCUCCAUGAAUCUUGGCUAAAUUCUUCACUUAUUCAAGUUCAAGUUUGUAUGAACGACUACCAUGUCUCUCUAUUUUACAUACAUAGAUAAAUUCAAAAACAUGAUGAACUCUCUAUUAGUCUUUAACAUUUUGAAGUGCUAUCUCACCAAGAAAACCCUUUUACAGGUGACCAAAUGUCCUAGGCGAGAAGAGUGGCAGAAAUCUAAUUCGUCAUAUUUUUUUACUUCCUUAAAAUGGUGAUUAAGUGUAUGCCUUGAAAGAUACGUCAUUAUCAUCUCUGAGUGGCAUCUGAAUUCAAGUCAACUAACUUUUACUGAGAUCUUGUGGUGUAUCAGGAACCAUACUAGAAAGUAGAUAUAUAGAGUUAGAUAAGACGUGAUCUGUCGCAUUGGGGAAUUCAAGGUCUUCCUGCUACCUCUACCAUUGUCACGUGCAGGACUAGUAAGUCCAGUCUUUGGGAUUUUGAUGUCACUCAUAUUGUUUAAAAAUCUUUUGACCCUCAUACAAAUAUAUAUUUUUUUCUCUUAGGAGUAUAUUCUUUCUAUCAGGAAAGCUUUGACCCUGGAAUAAUACCGCAUUAUUCCCUGGGAGUAAUAAGAUUGGUGAAGUGAGAGUCUUUGAAGAAUAACACCAAAUAGCACAGAAACUAAGACUGAGGUUUCAGCAGAGCUCGCAGGGCAUCUGGUAGGUACCCUUUGCUGUGUACAAUGAAAAUCCCAAACUCUGCUCCUUUGGGAAAUAAGCCUCUCCUAGCCAUAACAUUCAAAACAUAGCUGAACAUUCAUUCUAUCAUCAUAUGUAAGUGUGUAUUAUAUACUCUAAGCCCAGUAUACUUUUCCAUGCAGAGGUAAAACAACAAAGUUAAAUUACAAUCUUCUUCUGAAAGAAAACUUUCACACAAUUAGCCUUUGAAAUAUAUUCUCUAAAGUACCAUGAAAACAUUGUCCCAUAAAACAGUGUUUCUAAGAAACACAUAUCCCUGCCUUUGAUUUUUCUUGUCACCACCAAUAAAAAUAAGAGCCGUGUUGUCUUCUUCAUGACCCUCAAAAAAAAAAAAAUCUUGACAUUCUCAAUCUUGACUUGCAACACCAACGAUACCAAACAAAGAUAAAGGUUGGAAGGGAAAAAUAUCAACUACCUGCCCAAAAUAUUUACUAUAGCAAUUCUGAGCUUUUGAUAAAGACUCAAACUUCCCAUGUAUGUCCACUAGAUGAAAAAAAGGAGUUUUGUUAUUAGGAAACCAUAUUCAAGAAAGAAGUUGGUCCCACUAACACUUUACUUAUGCCAUGUGAAUUAUUGGUCUCUUUUACACAGAUGUUUAACAAGUUCUUAGCAAAGCUGUGUUAGACUAGCACAGAGCCCCAUCAAAUCUGUACUAACAGUCACUGGAACAUCAUUUAGUAGAUUUCUGCUCUCUUUUAUGCCAUGAGUGGUGGACACUACUUCAGACCACAAAUGGGCAGAACGGUGUUAUAUCCAAAGUUUUGGCAUGACAGGAUGCUGUCUUCCUCCUUGUGAUGAUUCAAGACACAACCUAAUGAUUCUGGUUAUGGUAGGAGCUCAAGAAAUCUUGGCUCAUCAUUUCUUUUCCUCCAGUGGGUCUUGCUGGUUACUCAGCAGAAUGUCCUGCUGAGCAAGGCAUCUUUUGUGGCCACUGUCACCUCUGGCAUAACCACAUGUUUGAUAUCUAAAAGAUAUCUUUAACCAUAUUUUGCCAGGAAUCCAACUUCUAUAGCACGAGAGUCCAUUCAGUUUUCUACUACCUAUACAAAAGGACAGCUCAAUCUUUCUGAAAGGACUGUUCUCAAACAAGGGAGCAUUUAAGACAACAUGUCAACAAGAUGGCCUGGUAAUUGAUGCCCCUUUCACAUCUAGAUAAAAUGUGUGGUUGGCUCAGAUCCUCUUUUCUUCCCAGUGCCCUUUGGGAGCAGGAUCUACUAAGGGCACAGUUGACAAUGAGAAGCCAUCAGUGAUUUAUAAUAUGUUCAAGAACAAGACCAGGAAUGGGGCCAUUAUGCAGCCUCCCCUAUUUGAUUGUCAGAGGAUAGAUGCUCCCUUAACAAAGGAAUCUCCACUGACAUUUUCAGAGACACAUAAAAUAAUUGGCACUUGAAUGUUUUUUUCAGCCUUUCACAAGAGUACGGGAAUGAUCUAAAGCUAUAUUGUAUUCAUGUCAUGUCUUUUUUUUUAACUUUAUGUACUUAUUUUGAGAGGGAGAAAGAAAGCACAAGUUGAGGGAGAGAGAGAAUCCCAAGCAGGCUAUCAGCGCAGAGCCUGACACGGGGCUCAAUCUCACAAAUGUGACAUCAUGACCUGAGCCGUGAUUAAGAGUCAGACACUUAACUGACUGAGCCACCCAGGCGCUCCUCAUGUCAUCUCUUUUGUUAGUAUAUCUUAUAUUAUUAGUUUACUUUCAAACAGAUGGCCUCACAUAUUUUGCUAAAGUAGAAAGAAGUCAUGUUAUGAUCAUUCUUAAGAGAAUUGCCUAAAAUACAUUCGUUUAAUCUCUUAACCAUUUUCAAACUGCUGUUGCCUGCCCACCAUGCAUUUAAUACACUAUGUGAGGCACCAGUAUGAAAAGGUGAUCAUUUUCUAUCCUCAAGAAACACACAGUCUAGUGGAGGAGAGAACUGUGGUAUAGUCAUGGAAGGACCGGGGACAGUUACUGAACAAGCAGAAAGAGUAGGAGGAGAUUCUAUAGAGGAAACAGCAUACACAAGCUUACAGCAAGUCACAUGUCCCUGACAUUUGGGACAGUUGCAGGUCACCAGAUGGACAGAGCACACAGGAAGAAGUAGAAAGAGACAGCAAGUGUGGCUGAGAAAAGUAGGUUGGGUCAGACUGUAAAGAGCUUUGAAUAUGGUGCUAAGUGCUUUCAUCUGUGAUUCAGGGGAGUCACAGUUAUGAGAAGACUUGAAGUCAAGUCUCUUGAUUCAUAGUCAUGGUUUUCUCUGCUAGAUUACACUCGCCCCUCCAAACUCAAAUGAACACCUUGCUGGAUUUGACCAGAGAUUGUUCAAUGGAAACAUGUAAACUGCCUCUUAAAAGUAAUCAGUAAAUUCUCUUAUUAUUAUCUCCAUCUUAUAGAUGAGGAAACUGAAGCAUAAAGAGUUAAGUAACUUGUCCAAGGUCAUACAACUAGUUAGGUGAUUGCAGGCAAUCUGGCUUCACAGUCUUUAGUCUUAACUACAACACGUACCUGUUUUGAUCUGCAGAUCUUUAUGCAUUUGUGUGUUCUACUGAUGUUAGCAUUGGCAAGUAAGGGCUCCCUUCCAGAAUAGAAUUGCUAUCUGGCCAAGUUUGAGACUGAAAGGAUGAAUGUCUAUAACACAGGUUGGGAUCAGGGAAUGAAAGAUACCCCCUAGUCAUGUCUCCAAAUAUCUUUUUCUUUACCCUUUCCUGACUAUUUGAAGAAACCAGGCAUCUGGGACUGGGCAGCCUCAUCCUGUGAAAGGACAGAGAAAUACUAGAAGGAUCUUAAAAGGAUAUUAACAGAUUUGAUGAGACCUCUGAAAUACUACAAAUACUGCAAUUGUGUUUACUGCCCAAGACUUUGAAAGUUAAGGCCUGAAAAUCUGAGAGAGAGAUUUUGUGGUUGUUUGGUUUUGUUUAAAUAUUCAUGGAGAUACUGGCAAAGAAAUUGGAAUGUAAGCAGGAAAGACAGGCCCUAUAAGUCUUUCUCUUUAUGCAAUGAUAUUAAUAACAUCCAAACAGGCCUUAGGGCUGUCUUCUUAGAGCUGUACUUACCAAAGGAGCAAGCUAUCAUUUUCCUUGGAAGCCUGAAUGUUAAAUAUACUUUUACAACAUGAUUCAAAUAUUGUGGUUUUAAAAGUCAUCUAUUGUGUUUUGAAUAUCUAUAGCUCUUCAAUACCUUAUUAGGAAUUGGUCUAACAAUGUAAAGAAAAGCUUUUAAUUAACUGGUGUAGGACUUUCUCAACUUACAGUGGGGUCAUGUCCUGGUAAUCCCACAUAAGUUGAAAACAUUAUAAGUUGAAAAUGCAUUUAAUACACGUGACCUACCAAAUAUUGUAGCUGAGGCUAGUCUACCUUAAACAUGCUCGGAACACUUGCAUCAGCCUAUAGUUGGGCCACAUCAUCUAACACAAAGCCUAUUUUAUAAUAAAGUGUUGACUCUCUCAUGUAAUGUACUGAACACUGUACUGAAAGAGAAAAACAGCAUGAUCGUAUGGGGACAGACUGGUUGUGAGCGUGCUGGUUGUUUACCCUUGUGACGGUGUGGCUGACUGGGAGCUGCAACUCCUCGCCACUGCCCAGCAUUACUAGAGCUUCUAGUAAUAUGUGAUAUGUGCUAUGUGAUAUGUGGGCUACCACAUAUCACUAGCCUGGAAAUAGAUCAAAAUUCAAAAGUCAAAGUACGGUUUCUACUAAAUGCAUAUGGCUUUUGUACCACCUUAAAGUCAGAAAAUCAUAAGUCAACGCAUCAUUAAGUUGGAGACCAUCUGCAACAACUAUGAGAAGUAGUGAUCUCCAUUUCCCCAGAAGUGUUUGAGCAGAGAUGGAAUACCUAUUGGAGGGUGGUGCUAAGAAGGAAUAAGAGUAUGAUGUCUGAGGCUGGAAUAGAAUGGUCUCUGAAGGUUCCUUCAGCUCUAACAUUUUAUGAAAUAAUUUUCAAGCAUUGGCCUGCACAAAUACCUUAGCAUUCCAUUUUGUCAUACUCACCUGUUCCAUAUGGAAAAGGAUAUUCAGUCCACUUUUUGACAGUAGCUGAAUCUUCAUGUUCAUUUUUAUAUCUCUGAAAUUUUAGUAUAUGUUGAGCAUAGAGAUAGACAUUAUAUAUCUAUAAUUAUAUUAUAGAUAUAGAUAUAUACAUAUAGAUAUAUAGAUUCACAUAUCUUUGUGUGUAUGUAUAUGGAGAAUACGUUUAAUGGCAUUUCAUUAAUCUUCUGACCGUGUUUACAAGGUAGAACAUGAGUGGUAUCUCUAUGAUUAUAUUAUAGGUGAAAAAACUGGGGCCCAGGAUUUUCCCACAUCCUCCAGCCUCUGAUGCUUAUUUGGAAAUAGCCCUUUGAAUAGAGUCCUUUAUUUUAUGUGUGGAUAUUUUGUUCAGUUUUAAUUACAAUGAAAGCUCCUUAAGGAGAGGGACCAUAGGAAAUUUAGGUAACUUUCUAUGGAUUUUUUCUUUUGUUACCCUAGAAUGCAUUGUUCUUCAUCUAAGAUUUCUCCUCCUUACACAUAGCUAAUAUUUAAGAAGCACAUAUUAAAUUGAAUUGUCAUACUAACUCUUGCCCAAUCUCAGGUCAGAGCACAAGGAGACUGUGCACAACUUGUAUCUGAUGAGGUAUCUACAAGUAAAAGCAUCCUGACAACAGGGCAAAUUUCAGAUAACAUGAUGCUCCUAGUAUCAAACAAGAUAAAUGUGCAAGGAUGACUAAACAGGACUUCCCUCCAUAAGUCAGCUCCUGCCUGAGUCAAAUGAUACAUUUCUCAGAAGCAUUUGCAAAACUGGAUCCAGCUCUUGAUGCCUUAGGGAUCUGUAUAAAGCCAAGAUAACCACCAGAUGAAAAGAAUUGGUUUGUUUUCCUGUUGUGAUGUUGAGAGGCAGUGAUAAUGGUUUGGCUAGACCCUACUGGAAAGUACAAAAAAAAAAAAAAGAUUCAAAGUCCUCUACUUGGAAAUGUAUAAGAAAUCUCACUCAAGGAUCAACUGCAUAUUUUUACAAGGUCAUGGUUUUGCAAGAGACUGGGCCAUGUUUUCCCAACUCAAUGAUUUCACUAAGAACUACGUGUCUUCUUAGAACUGCUAACAUUUCUGAGGCAUCUUGGUAGACACUAAGUCAAGUGAGCCCACUCCCCAGGGCCAGUCUGUGUUCGAAGCAAACACAGGCCUUAUCUCUUGCCAUAAAGAGUCAUUGGCAAUACUCAUCAGUCAUUCUCCAGCUUUUAACUUAGGUAAGCACAGAUCAGCGUCAGCUGUUUUUCCCUUUCUCUAUUGAAAUGCCCUCAAAACACUGACCUAUGCCAACUCUGUGAAAAUUCCACCUUUGUUUUUCUUGUCCAGCUUUAUUAUCACUUCCUUCCCUUCAUCUUAUCCCCUUGCUCCAAAGCACUGCUUGGUUGGUGUAUGUCACUCUCAUUAUGGAUUCUUAAGAUGGGACCAGGAGAGUGAGCAAUUGACCUUACAUGUCUGUUUGAUGCAGCUGCCCUGUGUCAUAGAAAUGGAUCUCAGUUUUUAACCACUGUCAUGAGAUAGAAGGUUCUUCAGCAGCAUACUUCAUUGUCAAAAUGUGGGAGAAGAUGUAGAGAAGGUUUCCAGUAGAUGGAUUUCUGCUUACUCACUCCUACAUAUCGCGUUGCCUCUUGCAGAGUGUUUCCAGGGAUUUGGUUUUCAUUCCAUUCUCAUAGAAAUUCCAGGAAGUAUAGAUUAUCAGUCUCAUUUUUCAGAGAUGAAGAGAGCAAGGCAAAAUGGUGAAGUGGCAUGCCCAUGGCCACGUGGCUGAGAAGCAGCCAGGCCAGGUCUUGGACAUAGGUCUUCUGACACGUGUCAUGUCCGGGGCUCCUUUUUUCUCCUCCAUGACUGCCUUCCCACUUUCAUGGAAAGAAUCAAAGCCCGGAUGGAUAAAUAACAACAAUAGUAAAGUGAAUGAUUGGCUUUUUUGCAUCUGCUGUGUGCUAGAUACCGUACUCAUAAUUUUAGGUACAUUAUUGCAUCUAGCCUUCAUAGAGUAGAUGAAGACUAUCAUUAUUAUCCCCACUUAAAGAAGGAACUGGGCUUCAGAUAGCAUAAGCAACUUGUUCAAAGUUGCCCUGGUUGAUAGAGACAGAAUCCAUGCCCAGUUACUGAACCAUGGAAUUUGCUAGUUCCAUAAAGCUAAAAUUUUAGGGGGAAAAAAGCACGACCUUGUGAACAGAAUCUUGAGCAAGAAGGAUAGAGGAUCUGAGUCUGAGUUCCAGCUCUGACUCUGUUCAUCUGAUGAUUCUUCAGAUUGUUUGCUUCUUAUUAUAAAAUGGGACUGGUACUAUUUGGCCUGAUAUCUCCCAGAGGAGGUCCAGUCAGGCCAGAUAUGCCUAGGGUCUCUCCAAGCUGGAGAGCACCAUUCCCAGGCAAGGUAUCAUUCUUAGUGUUAGAAUGAGGUCAGUAGCCCUGGUAACCUGACAGCUCAUAGCACUGCCAGAAAGCCUGGGCUCUUCUCUUAGUCCCCUAUUCCCUCCACAGCUGUCAGAUCAGCUUGGUUAAGAAGACUUUCAUUCUUAGAGAAUGUGUCCAUGAGAGUAUCUCCAUUUAUAUUUAUAAAAACUUAUUAAGUGAAAUUAAGCUGCCCUCUACCAAGGGUAUGUUUUUGAGCACUCUUCCCCUGGCUUUGGGGCAAAACAAUUGUCAGUCAACAAACUAGAUACCGUCACUGCCCUGAAGGUGUUUGUAUUCUGAGAAUGACUAACAACCUUCUGUCACUCUACAAAACUGAGAGUAAGGCUUUCAGAGGGAAGGUUCUGGGGCAGCUUGUGACCAAAGCCAAGACAGAAUUGAAUUGCUCUUGUGUCCAAGCUUAUUGACCAUCAUGAGAGCAGCCAUUUACCAAUUGCCUUCUAUGAGACGGGUGCGUUAAGUAUAUUAUUUCUCCCGAUGGCCCCGUGAAGUACUUCUGUCCCCAUUUUGUAGAGGAACAAAGUGAGGCUCAGGGAGAAAUAUUCCCAGAGCUAGAAAGUUUUAUACUGGUCUUCUUGGAGCGCCAUCCAUCCCCUUUUGCCUAAACAACUAGCCAGUUUCAAAGUGCCACCCAUCCUCCAGGCCAGCCACUCCUUCCUGCCAGUCAUCAACACUACUCAGGGCUUAGAGGACCAUGCUGGCAGGAAAGGAACCUUGCAUUUUCUAAAACGCACACCCCCACGUUGGGUUGGGUCUGGACUAUGACCACUGACUUCCCCUCCCCCACCACCAUCCCUACUUUUUUAGAGGGGAAUUUAUCAAAACCUCUGUUUUUCUUGUAUUCAUUCAGUCCUGGCUCUCUAUUUAGUUGUGAUGAUAGAUACAAUAUUUUUAGAAAUUUUGAUGCCUUGAAAUACAAAUUUAGAAUUUAUGGGGAUUGAGGAAACUACAAAAUGUAGUGGGAAUUGAAAUAUACAAAAUACUGACUUUCAGUGUCAUUUACAGGUCUAUGAUCACCUUAUUUUGGAAUAUCAAGACAAUAACAAUUACAUUGCUCAUGUAAUAAGCAGAUUUUAUUUAAAGAAUUAUAAAGGACAAAAUGUAAAGGGGGGGAUAAUAUAUUUGAACAACUUGGGGUUUUUUUUUCAAUUUUCAAGCUUUGAAUGAAAGUUUUUUUAGAAAGCGUUAAAAAUUCUCCUAUAUUUCAGUCUCUUUAAGGUAAACUUAUAGCUAUAAAUGAUGCCUCAAAAACCCUUCUAUCAUUAUGUGAAUCACAGGAAAUUGGUGGACAGUUUUACUCCUAGUCCUGUAGCACCAAAGAAUAGAUCACAGCUCUUCCUUUCAGAAAAUCACAUUUUCAUCCAGAUACGUUAUCUGCCUCACAGUCAUAACUACUUUCACAUCUGGGAGAUCUUAAACUGAAAAUGUCCACAAAUCACACAGCCUGGCAGGGUAGGGGCAAUCAGGAAUAAGGGGAUCCACACUGAAUUCUGUCUCUUGGUUGAUCUUGCAUUUCUUCUAUAGCAUUUCUUUACAUUUAAGAAAAGCCCAAUUGUCUUAUGAACUGUAUGAGCCUCUGUAAUCUUUUGGUGAGGUUGGGGGACUUACAGCCACAUUUCUAUGCAUUUUCCCUUGUUUUCAGGCUUCGAGGAAAAGAAACCCUGUUCAGACACUGGAGCUUCCUACCAAGGGACUCCGCUUUCUCUGUGGCCAGCCCUAGAGAACCAGAAAUCCAGCCUGUCGGGGACAACCAACAUCACAGGAAGAAGACACAUAAUCAGCUCCUUUGAGCCUUGUUGUUAUUGUGGUGGUGGUUGUUAUUUAGGAUAAAAUUCAAGGGGGACAGAUCAGCUGGCUGCAGGGAAAGUUUUGUGUUUCUUGGCUUAAGCAGAUCAUUGGGCUAACAGGUUACCUGUAGAGAGAGUCUGCAGUUCAUUGGGGACACCACUGUCAGAGCUGUGGUAAACACAGUCUAAGUGACUGAUUUUUAAAAAAUUUUUAAAAUAUUUAUAUUUGAGAGAGAGAGAACGCAGGGGAGGGACAGAGAGAGAGGGAGACAACAGAAUCCGAAGCAGGCUCCAGGCUCUGAGCUGUUAGCACAGAGACUGAUGCGGAGCUCGAACUCAUGAGCCAUGAGAUCAUGACCUGAGCGGAAGUGGGAUGUUUAACCGACUGUGCCACCCAGGCCCCCCCAAAUGAUUGAUUUCAUAACCUAAGCCAGGUAGGUGUUACAUGCUUUUUGAUGGCAGAGAAGGAGUGAAGAAAGAACAAAGACCAAAUGGUGGAAUUUAGUAAUUAAAAACAAAGCAGGAAACAAACCAACAAAAUUUCUUUCAACAGCCAACAUAUUUUCCUGUUUAGGGAACUGUCGUUUCCUACUUUAACCACAAAUAACAAAUAAUAACAUAAAUUUAGAAUAGAUGGCCAGUCUUCUCAAUAGGGGCAGGGAAAUUAGACCUAGGAAUUCAUGAGCUUGUCUUUGGGGAAAGGAGGGAGGCAAAGAGAAGAUGGAAAUGCCACUGUCCGUUCUCUGAAAUCGAGAGACUUCUGUAAGCUUCCAGCAGAAACACACCUUUUGUCUGAUGCCAAGGAGACCUACAAGAGCUUACCAACUUUGCAGCUUCACUGGGGACUCCAUAGAGUCAGGGCAUGAUAUAAUAGUGUUCUGUUUGUGUACUUUGACAGGUGUAAGGCAACUUUACGAAGUUCAUACUCUGCUAGGGCUGGGGACCAGCACAAUGUGGGCAGGAAAAGAGAAUCCCUCUGCGGGACAAGGUUUUCUCAACCCUCUGGCUCUCAGAAGGGCCCUGAGAUGUCUACAGUAGGCGUAUCAAAUCUGUCAGCACCAUUGACAAAUUCCUGAAGUGCAUCUGUCUGUGCUCCAUCCUCGAGAGAGCCGAAGGACGUUGCAAGAGGGAUUGAAGGGCUGGCUAGAGAAACAGUCCCAUGUGCAUCUACAGUAUGACACCCAGGAAUGCACCACCCAUGUGAGCGCAGGUACGAGCGGCUGGUUUGCCCUCUUGCCAGAACGGGCGUUGCUCCUUUGGUUGCCCGGCCCGUCCUCAUGCUGUUGUGUGCCCAGGGAGCAUCCCCAGGGGCCGGUGCAGAUCCAAGUUGGCAAAUUCAAGUGGUAAGGAACCCCUGAACCUUGCCAAGUUAAUCAAGGAUGUGUGUUCAGAGCAGCACUUACUGGUGACAGAGGCUUCCUGAAAGGGGUGAGUCUCCGCCUAGCCGGAGAGUGCCGUCUCAGGUACAGUGCCAAGUUAGUGCACUGGUUUACCUCUAGUCCACACCCACAUUUACUCCUUCAGCUCCUUCUCUCCAGCCUCAAGACUGAACGUGUAUGAUGAGAGGAUUGGCAGUCCUGGUCACAAGGGAUAGACAGAAGCUGAGCUGAGGGGUGGUGGCACAGGUGCACACUCAGGAAGAGCUUAAUCAUUCAUUCAACUGGGCUCUAACCGCGUCUUCAGUCCCAGAUUUGAGCCAGGAGCGAGCCUACCCACAGCGAAGCCCAGCAGUUGGGGAAGCAACCAGAGGAAGAAGAGUUCACCUUCUGGCUGAGUAGCGUUCAAAGACAGAAAAGAAAAAAGCAAAAAAUGAUUAUAGCUUUAAGCACUUGCACUGCACCUGUGAGUCCCUCCAAGGUCCUAGAGCAGAGCACGCAGGGAGAGCUGACCUCUCCCUCUUCCUUUCUCGUGUGUGACUUUCUUCUUUAAACUUAUUCAUUUUUUUAAUCUUUUUUUUAAUAUGAAAUUUAUUGUCAAAAUGGUUUCCAUACAACAGCCAGUGCUCAUCCCAACAGGUGCCCUCCUCAAUAAAUGUAUUCAUUUUUGAGAGAGAGACAGACAGACAGAGCAUGAGUGGGGGAAGGGCAGAGAGCAAAGGAGACAUAGAAUCCAAAGCAGGUUCCAGGCUCUGAGCUGUCAGCACAGAGCCCGACGUGGGGCUUGAAUUCACAAACCAUGAGAUCAUGACCUGAGCCAAAGUCAGACACUCAACCAACUGAGCCACCCAGGUGCCCCAUGUGUGACUUUGUAUUUCUCCUCAUGACUGAAGUUCUUGAAAAAUUGAUUUACCUUGGAUAAGAAAAGUUGGGGUCAGAAGAAGGUGGCUCCCAAGGACCUACACGUCCUUGCUCCUGAGACCCAUUCCCGGGAGAAGUCUAGAUUGGCCUCCACUUAGUCUGUUUGCAAACAACUGAAGUAAGUAUCCCGCCAGUGGAUUUGGGCUGCUACCCAGGCUCCCAGGCGGGAGGUCCAUAUCCCCCUCCUGUGCAGCAGUCCUCACGCAGUAGCCCCCGGGGAGUGAGGAAGUUUAUUUCAACAGGAACAAUUCUCUUGAUGACACAAGUCCUGUGAGCUGAGGUUUGUUCUGCUUUUGCUCAUGGGGGUCCCAAUUUACCCCCUGCUCUUUAUCCACUUUCCUUCUAACCCCCUAGCGGAUAGUAUUGCCAUCUCCACAGAUAGUAUCGCUGUCUCCAUAGAUAGUAUGGCUCUUUCCCGUGCGAGACUCAGAAUGUGAUUUUGUAAGAUGCUCCAACUAGGGCAGUCAUUGCCAACCUCCUCAAAGGAGUAACAGGACUUCUCUUCUCCUGAGUGCCAUUGCAAUGGCUUCCUUUGGUGGCCAGAGCCAUGGACAGUCAGAACACAUUAAGCACACAGAACACAUUAAUCUCUACUCUGAUAAGCAAAACUUUGUUGACUUCUUUCCUGUUUUGCCCUCAAGGAUGCAGGGAAUUGUUAAGUGCAUCCCACAACCCUGCCAUGUCUCCUUCAGAAAACUUGGAGGCAUCCUCCCAAAGGUGUGACAGUUUACUAUGCCCAGGGUAUCUUGUCAUGCUAGGGUAGGAGGUAGAUGAGAAACCUAUGCCUUUAAUAUGGCCAACCUCACACCCAGCCUUCCUGGGUACCCUAAUCCUUAAUGCCACCAGAAGAGGGGUUAGAAUGUUCCAGAAGAAAAUGGUUGGCACAGUCAGCUUAAAAGAGAUUAUUCUGAAGCUCUGUCUCAAAUUUUAUACAGCCAUUUAUUCACCUGGUGUUUACUGGGCACCUACUAUGUGCUAGGGUUCUAGAGCUACAAGGUGGAUGACAGAUGCUACUACCACAAAGCCAGGGGAGUUGAGUCUCUGGCAGACCCUCAUGGCCAGUGACGAUUCUGUGAUCAAGGCAGAUAUCCUUUGGUCCCAAGGAGGCUUUGCUGUGGGGGACUGCCCCCUUGCGUACUUCUCCUGGUGGGAAGAAGAGAUAAGGUAUGAGGAACAAGGGUGCAAGGAGGUGCUUCUCCUGAGGGGAUUCAGGUGCUUGUGAAUUCCUUCAAGAGUUUCAGUUAGCCUUAAGCAACCCAAAAUGUGCUUGCCUUUCUAUAAGCCCCUGUUCCCUGUGCGUGUCCAGUUUCUGAGUGGGCAGACAGCAUGUGAAUGAGAACUUUAAGAAGGUAGGACUAUUCUUUCACUCUUUUUGCCUUUCUCUAUUUAAUUUCCUCUCUUCACUUUCUUUCCUUUUAUCCUGCCACACUCUGGUCACCUUUCAAAAAGCUUAGUGGCCCCUCCCCGCCUACAGGAUUGAGUUCGGACCUCUCAGCUUGCCCUUCCAUGGCAUGCAGUCUCAGUAUGGGACUGUUGAAUAUGGCAUCAGACUGACCAUUUUCAUGGUCUUUUUCAGUAUCUGUAUUUCACAGGGGUUGAUGGGCUGCUUCUUCCAGGAACCUAAGGGUUAGUAUUUUUCCUUGAAAAUCAAUUUUACUUACUGCAUAGAGCCUGUUAAAGACAAAGGUCCUCUCUCCAACCCCGUACCCCCAGCCAAACCCAAUAGACCUAUGUGAGCAAGCCUUCCCCUGACCCCAAGCUCUGACCCUUGGAACAAGCUGAAACAAAGUGCGCCCUCAUGUUUUUCAGCAACAGGGUGUCUUGCCUGCCCUAUCCCCAUAACUGAACAGUGAUUACAAUCCUCUGUACUUUAGUAUGUAGAUAAAUGAUUAACAGUGGGCUGUACCUUUUCCCGGGUUGUAAAAGGAUAACUGGUUAGAGUUCCAAUGUUCUCCUUGUCAGCAUAGGAAAUGUAGGAGAAGAUAUCAUCUCAGGCUACUCACCUCUAAGACUCAUAGCUAACAUGUGGCAGGUUCCAGCUGGGAAUCUGAGUACGGUGACAGAUGGCAAGAACCUCACAGUCCACAUGGCACUCCCAAGAAUGAAGCAUUAAUAGCAUUAACUCAAUGAAGACAGUUAUGAAUAAACCAAAGAUUGGGCAACAGCUGCAAAAUCCUGGUUUUCACCCAAUUUUCUACUUCUGCUCCAAAGAGCAGGCUAUUUUAUGGACCAGUGAUAAUUGCCCCACCUCUACCCUGAAUCACUGUGGAAGCCAGUCCACCCAAAAACUUUGACAGAAGGCUUGUGGGACAAGAUAGCCAGAAAUGCUGAGUGUGCUGAGGAAGUCAAGGGACCCAGACACUAAAGAACUCUUCUAUUCAUGGAGGUGAAAACUAAGGAAGGUUUCCACAUGAACCCUGAAGUGAAAGCCUGAUACAUUUCCUGUAGAAAGAGAAAAGAAGCUAAAAUGAAGGAAAGUGUGGCAUCCACAAUUUUCGUUUUGCUACUUUUUCUCAACACCAGACUCCUGAAUGGACAAUCACCUCCUGGAAAACCUGAGAUCCUUAAAUGUCGUUCCCCUGAAAAGGAGACAUUCACCUGCUGGUGGAAGCCUGGGGAAGAUGGAGGUCUCCCUACCAAUUACACACUGACUUACCACAAGGAAGGAGAGACACUCACACAUGAAUGUCCAGACUACACAACCAGUGGCCCCAAUUCCUGUUACUUCAACAAGAAGCACACCUCCAUCUGGACAAUGUACAUCAUCACAAUAAAUGCCACAAACCAGAUGGGAAGCACUUCCUCGGAUCCACGUUAUGUGGACGUGACUUACAUAGUUGAACCAGACCCUCCUGUGAACCUGACUUUGGAAUUAAAACAGCCAGAAGACAAAAAACCAUAUCUGUGGAUGAAAUGGUUCCCACCCACCCUGGUUGAUGUAAGAUCUGGUUGGCUCACACUCCAGUACGAAAUUCGAUUAAAACCUGAGAAAGCCACUGAGUGGGAGACUCAUUUUGCUGGGCAGCAGACUCAGUUUAAGAUUCUCAGCUUAUAUCCAGGACAGAAAUACCUUGUCCAGGUUCGCUGCAAGCCAGACCAUGGAUUUUGGAGUGAGUGGAGCCCAGAGAGCUCCAUUCAGAUACCUAAUGAUGUCACCAUGAAAGAUACCAUUGUGUGGAUCUUUGUGGCUGUUCUUUCUGCUGUCAUCUGUCUGAUUAUGGUCGUGGCAGUGGCUUUGAAAGGCCAUAGCAUGGUGACCUGCAUCUUUCCACCAGUUCCUGGGCCAAAAAUAAAAGGAUUUGAUACUCAUCUGCUGGAGAAGGGCAAGUCUGAAGAACUGCUGAGUGCCCUGGGGUGCCAAGACUUCCCUCCCACUUCUGACUGUGAGGACUUACUGGUGGAGUUUUUAGAAGUGGAUGACAGUGAGGACCAGCAGCUGAUGCCAGCCCUUUCAAAAGAACACCCGGGUCAAGAUAGGAAGCCCACACCCCUGGACCCAGACAGUGACUCUGGCCGGGGCAGUUGCGACAGCCCUUCCCUUUUGUCUAAAAAGUGUGAGGAAGCCCGGGCAAAUCCCUCCACAUUUAACACUCCUGAGGGCAUUGAGAAGCCAGAGAAUCCCCAGACAAAUGCUACCCGCACCUGGGACCCCCAGAGCACAAGCUUGGAAGGCAAAAUCCCCUCUUUCCCUGCCAAUGGAUCCAAAUCUUCAACAUGGCCUUUACCACAGCCCCCCAGCCAUCCCAGCCCCAGAUCUUCUUACCACAACAUUGCUGAUGUGUGCAAGCUGGCCAUGGGCCCAGCAGGUGCAUCGGCCACUUCGUUGGACAAAACAGACACACAUGCUUUAAGAUCUUCAAAAAAUGUUGAGACUGGAGGGGAGAAAGUGGCAGUUGAGCAGAGGGCAGUGGAAAGCUUCCAUUCCAAGACUGACCAAGGCACAGCAUGGCUGUUGACCCGGGAGAAAACCUCUUUGAUCUCUGUGAAACCCUUGGAUUAUGUGGAGAUUCACAAAGUUAACAAAGAUGGAGCACUAUCAUUGCUCCCAAAACAGAAAGAGAACGGCAACCAGACAGACAAGCCCAGCACUCCUGAAACCAGUAAGGAGUAUGCCAAGGUGUCCAGGGUGAUGGAUAACAACAUCCUGGUGUUAGUGCAGGAUCCGCAAGCUCAAAACCUGGCUUCAUUUGAAGAACCAGCCAAGGGGGCUCCACCGCCCCUUCAACCGAAUCAAGCUGAAGAAGACCUGGCCUCCUUCACGUCGGCACCAAGCAACUGUGGACUCCAGCAGGGUGGGUUGGAUUACCUGGAUCCCACAUGUGUUAUGCACUCCUUUCAGUGAUAGCUUGAUUAAUGGAACAGUUGGUUAAAAUGUGACUUUUUUUCAGGUAACACUACAGAGUACAGGAAAUGCACUCUCCUAGAGAAUGCUCGAGAGCGUGGUUAGAUUGACACUAUACAGCCCACAGUUCAUUCGUUUUCAUGCUCCAUUUUCAACCAGCCGCCUCUUUCUCCAACAGCUGAUUCCAGAACAAAUCGCUUUGCUUCCUGUGAUUUGUACAUUUACUUUUUGCUAUUAGUUAUAAAAUUAUGUGUUCAAUGAAAUAAAAGCGCAUCGUUUAGUAUUCUCGAGGGACAGUACCGACAUGUAUAUCCUCUGGAAGAGACUUUCACGGUUUGGUGUGUGACAAAAGGAAAUGAGAGAGUCACGGUUGUUUACCACAGGAAGAUGACAGGUGUGAGAGACAAAUGCCAUGAAAACCACUUUUGAAAACCAACGAACCUUUGCUUGACCUUUGUUUGACCUUUACUUGACCUUUGCACUCCUCUCUCGUUUUAUUAGGAUGAACCGAACACAUUUAAAGAAAAUGCAUUCCAGAACACCUGACAAAUUGUUUACGUCAGUUCCUAUCACCUUAGUGAUACAUUGCCAAUAUGCAAGCCAAAAUGAUGCCUCCAAUUUUUUCUUAAAAUGGUUUGAAUUUAUUAAGCGUGGGUUUUCCCCCCUAAAUUGUAUUUUAUCCUAAAGCCUCUAGAGAAUAUAGUUUUGGAAAAUGGAAUUUUCUUACAUUACAGGUAAAUGAGUUUCGUGUGGUAAAUUCUUCUAAAAUGUUUUCCUGUUUCAUUUCAGCACACGAGAUAAUUUAUUAAACCCCCUAGUCUUCUGUUAGGUAAAAAAAAAAAAAAAAAAAAAUCCGGAAGACUAACGUUAAUUUAAAAGAUAAUCACAGCAGGAUGCUAAUGGAAAUACUGCCUUACUGUACAUAUGAAUUCUACUUUAAUAGAAACCCAUAAGUUUCACAAUGUAUUUUUGAAGACUAUUUUUCUAUCACUUAGGUAAAAUAAAAGACUAUUUUAUAUCUUCCCAGUACAACUGUUUACGUAUUUAAUGCGUACAGUAUUUUCUGCUAUGAGGUUAUAAUGACUAUUUGCAGUACAUGGUAGUAUAUGCAGUCCCUGUUUGUGGAGGAAAAUGCCAUCCCAACCCAAAGUCCAUUGAAGAUUACAAAGUGAAUGAUUAUAUUCAGUUUCCAGCAUAGUAUGGUGUAGUUUAUCUGAUUCGUUUUUCAUCUCCAUGACACUUGAAACAGUCGCCAGCCUAGAGUUUUAGGGCUUUCCACAGACCAUAAAUUACUUCUGUGAUUUAGGGCUUGUCUGGGCUUUCUGCUCUUCUCUGGGUGAAUAUUCAUAAAACCACCAUGAAAAGGUGAGUGGUGACCUCUCAUGUACUGUUUUAGAGAGAGGGUUUGGUUUCGUUUGCUUCUGAGAAAUCUUGGGCAGCAAAGAAAAUUUAAGCAAAGCCAGAAGUUAGUAUCUCUCUGAAGUAGAUCCAUUUGCAAAAUCUGGGCAGAGGAAUAAAGGUCAAGGUGUGGAAGUAAGAAUCUCCAAGUCUGCUCCAGGGGCAGCCUUCCCAAGAGCAGUCCAAAGCCUGGCCCUCCAUUUUGAAGAGAGCAUUCAUGACUCAUCAAAAAGCCUCCCUCUGUUUUUCAUUUCACCUGCUGGCGGACCCAUUCUCUGUUCACUCACUAGCUGGAUAUAGUCAAUUUGAGCUCACCUCUAUGAGUUCAGUAUCCCACCCCAGCAACCCCAUGCUCACUGGAAGUGGACUCUGAGGUGGCCGGAUGUUCGAAAGUGAACAUGUCGCUAGCUUCCAGAAUUGCAAAAGUAAAUAGAUCUGAGUUCCUCUUCUCCCAGUAUAGAAUAACAAGAAGAGCGAAGGUAUCCUGUGGGAAAGUUGCCCGUGUGCAUUCAGUCCUCUAGGUCCUUGCUACUCAAAGUAUGCUUGGAGGACCAGCUAAAUCAGCAUCUCACCUGGGCGCUGCUCGGAAAUGCAGAAUCUCGGCUCCUCUGCCCCAGACCUACAGAAUCAGAAUCUGCCCUUUACUAAGAUCUCAGAUGAUUCACGUGCACAAUGAAGUUUGAGAAGCACUGCCCUAGGUCACCAUUUCCACUAAAGGUUAUAUUAGUGCAUAGAAACAAUCCUCUCUUGGAAAUACAGGUCAAGUCUAAAUUGCACUGAAUGACACUGUUCAUAAGGAGAAGGCAUACUUUUUGAAAAAUCCAUUUGGGGGUUAAAUUUACAUAAUGAUAGAGAACGACUUGCAAAGUACACACAACUCUAAAAAGGGCAUGGGAAUAGGGGCGCCUGGGUGGCUCUGUUGGUUAAGCGUCCAACUUCAGCCCAGAUCGUGAUCUCACCAUUCAUGAGUCCGAGCCCUGCAUCAGGCUCUGUGCUGACAGCUCAGAGCCUGGAGCCUGCUUCGGAUUCUGUGUCUCCCUCUCUCUCUGCCCCUCCCCCUCUCGUGGACGCUCUCUCCUCUCUCUCUCUCAAAAAUAAACAUUUUUUACAAAGUGUUAAAAAAAAAAAAAAAAGAGGGCCAAGGAAUAUAUUCCACCUGGGAAGCACUCUGUCAAAGACUCUGCCCUUCAAACCUAGUCCAGACCAAACUUUUCACAAAAUAGUCCCUCCUUCUCUAAACUGUGUAUCAUGACUCUGAUAGUUUGAAAAUUCAAAACUGAUCUGUUUUGACAUACGAUUCAGCGUGUGUGAAGAAAAAAAUGUUACGGUUAAAGUCUCCACUUGAAUUAAAUCCCUAAAAUACCCCAAUUAGCCACUCAUUAAGUAAAGCCAAGGUUACAAUUCUCUGGUCAAUUAACACUCUAUUUAACUAAGUUCCUUUUUUUUUUUUCAUCUUGUGGCAUAUUUUCUAUCAAGGAGACAGCCAAUGCAAUGGAAGGAUGCAGAAUGGGGGGGUCUUGUCCUAAUUAGGUUGCCUUAGAUGGAACAAUUCCCUAUUCUGGGCCUCAGUUUCCUCUGAAGGACAUGUUGGGCAAACAGUCUCUAAUAUCCUUUUAAACUCUGGCUUCUUGAUUCCAUGACUCACUGAAUACUUUCCAGCAAGAUAAUUUAACCAAUGCCUUGAUCUUAAGUAAGCCACCAAACAAUCACCCUUCAUCAUAGAAAUAUAAGUACUCUUCAGUGAUGUGCUUUUUUCAUUUCCACUUUUAGAUCAUCAGUUGCAGGCAGACUUAACAUAUUGCACACACGUUAUAAAUUAUGUAGGUACAGAAUCGUAGUCUAAGAUAAUGUGCAAAUAUAUGUGAGAGAAGAAGCAUGAGAUUUUUUUAAAGACAUAUUGAAUGAGGCUCUAAUUAAAAAAAAAAAUCUUUUACAGAAUCAAACUAUGCUUAUUUUUUGCUGAGUCCAGCAGCCCCAAAUCUCUUUUCUUAUAUCUGACUGCUGAUUUUUUUUUCCUUUCUGAUGAACUAUAAACCACUACUGCGAGGUUGGUUUAAAGAGCCAUACGCUCUGAAUUAUAAAAAGUCAUAUUUUUGUAAAACAAACACCUAAAUAUUCAAGUUACAAAGCACAUGGAGACAGGUUAGUCAAUGCGUGUUUUUUGGAAGCUUAUAACCCAGACUCCAAAAUGUGCUCUCGUCAGUUUUAACGAACGGGUUUAAAGCAUCUCAAUGUGAGCACAGUUAUUAUCAGGGACAGCUGCGUCCCUGUCCAUUCUCCUAAGUGCCUAAGACCAAUCCUGGUAGGCGGGUAUGUACUAAAAACUUGCUUUCACUGGUUUGGUCCAAAGUGGGUCAAUCCCUUACCACCUGUAUGAGGUGAAAGGGUUUGACCCUUGUCCCGUAGGACCCAACUGAAUUGGAGAAUCCUGUGAGUUAACUCCAGGAUGCAAUUUGGCUGUGGGGAAAUCUGGCUCUUUCUUGAGGUUCUCCACCACUGUGGUCACUUGCAGAAAGUCCUGCCUUUAUUCAUUUCCCUAUCUCCUUAGUGUAGACAAGAAAGAAACAGAUUUGUACAUAUUUUACAAAGUGCCUUUCUUUACUUUUAUUUUUAAAAAAUCUGUUUUCUUUUUGCAAGAAAAGUGUAUUGAUUGGAAAGUAAAUUUUACUUGUUUUCUGUAAAUAACUGGAGAAACCAGAAAGGGAAUGACAGAAUGGUCUAAGGUCCAACCAGUAACUGGUGGAUUUAAUUUAUUGCUUAACUGAAUUACCACAGAGCUGAUGUGAAUAGUGCAACUUAACUUUGUCUGAUAAGAAAGUGACUCUGGCUAGGAUUGGGGGAUAUGCCUGCCACCCUGUGAUUUAAUACUCUUCAAUUUAAAAAUAUAUUGAGGGCGUUUGGAUGGCUCAGUCAGUUAAGCAUCUGACUCUUGAUUUUGGCUCAGGUUAUGAUCUCACAGCUUGUGGGUUCGAGCCCCACAUGGGGCCCUGUGCUGACAGUGGGGAGGCUGCUUGGGAUUCUCUCUCCCUCUGUCUCUGCCCCUCCCUCGCUUGCACGUGCAUUCUCUCUCUCCCUCUCUAUCUCUCAAAUAAAUAUUUUGAAAAUAAUAAAAUACUAAUAAUAAGAAAAUUAAAACAUGUUGAUAUGCUUUUGAACGGCUUUGAAUUGCAUGCCUGGGCCUGAAAAGGACAAUGCAUGCAGUGGAACCUUGCACACAUGCAAGAAAAUGUAAAUGACUCUGGAUUACCAUCCCCGGUGUUGCUAACGUGCAUUUGUCAUUGAUGAAAGCCUCAUGUGUACUUCAGUGAACGAAUUCCUUGUUCUGCCUGUUUGGCUUAAGCACAAUAGUAUUGUUGCUGGAGUAGUGUGGGCGGAGCACCCAAUUUCCAGGUCUAGGCCACCUUGCUACCACUAAACAGGCUAUGUGACCUUUUGCAAGUCCUUUAAACUCUAGCCAUCAAUUUCCUGUUAAAUAAUCAAAUAGAAAUUCUCUCCCUAGGCUUGUGUAUUUCAGUUGGUGAUUUUUGGUCUGAGACCAUAAUGGUAUCUAUUCCAAUGAAAGGAGAAAAAUAGAAAAUAGGACAUUUCCAGAGGUUUAGGCAUCUCAGGAUUCCACAAAAUGCCAGCCAUAGCCUGCUAAAUGCAAAUUUUACUGGACAAAGUAAAUCUGUAAUCUUUUCGGUGUUCUGAGUUUAUAGCUAAGAGAUAUCCAUAAUUCACAACACCAUAUGCCUGCCACUGUCUUGUCCACCUCCAUUCCUCUGAUUUAUACUCUGAUCUCAAGAAGCACUGAGACAUGUAAAGUGGACAGACAUAUCCUGUUUAUGUGGCUGUGAUCAGUGAAAGGAGAGACCCUUAGAUCAUUGUAUUCUAUUCGUUAACUUUUUACCUGGUCCUGAUUAAAUAAAAAAACGACAGUGCACCCUAAAAACCUUUAGGUAGUGAAGUAGUAAUAUGAAAAAUAACCUUUACGAGUUCUGUUAAAUUAUGCCUCACCUGGAUAAACUUCAAAAUACAGUCUGAGUUAAAAAAAAAAUACAGUCUGAGUUUUUCCUUGCAAAUUUCAGAUCCUGGAGAAAAUAAACCCUGUAAUUAUGUUAUCUGAAAUCAAAACUCUCUAUGGCAAAGAUACCUCUGAAAAAUAAUUUGUUUUCCAACAUUUCUGAUAAGAUGAUUUUGAACUUUUAAAAGUAACUACCCCCCCUUCUUGUCCUACUGUCCUUCCUUCAAAGCUGCUUAUUGUUUAGAAAUGAAAGAUAUCACAUCUAAUGCUUUGACUGUUUUUCAGUAGCAUAUUUGAUGUACUUGUCAUGUGACAUUCCUGAAUUUAAAAUAACUGAUAUAUUAUUUUAUAUUAUAUUGCUUUAUGUGGGUCAAAACUGUAUGAUGCAUUGAAAUAUAUACUCCUUAUAUUGUGAAACUCAUCAUGUAAUACAGAUGAAAAUAAUUAUAUAAUGACUUAUAAUCUAUCCUUAUGUAUUUCAAUAUGAUGGUGUCUGUAAAACAAAACUGAAAAAAAUGUAAUCAUAUAUUUCUGUUGAGACUGUGAAUGUACUGAUUUUUUUUCUUAAGCUUUGUCUGGAAUUAGUAUCAUAUGCCAUUGUACAGCUGGUCUGGGGUGUUAAGUGUUUAGAGUACAAUUCAAACCCUUUAAAAGUCAACCCUCAGCUUUGCUUCAUGUGACUCCUGAUAACUUCUUGAGUGUUAUUUGCAUCAUAAGGCUUGCUUUUGUGUUUGAUUAUUCAUUUUAAACAAUUUAAACAGUUUCAUGUGGAAACCACAGCAAUCUAGAGCCAGAAUGUUGUGUGAUCUGUGUCUUAUGUAAAGCCAUAUUGAAGCAAAGACUAUAUGAUAGUAAAAGGUUCCAUAUUUUCAAGGCUAUCACUACCUCCACUUUUUCUCUUUCCCUAGAAAAUACCAAGCAAAACUCUUCAACAUGAGGUGGGAAAUUCAAAGUGAUUGUUACAAUAGUUGCUGGGGGGUUGUUUGGGCUUGAUUUUUUUAUAGGAAAAUAUACCUUCUAAUUCACCACUUUGUAGUUUUAGGCUAGGUUUUCGCAAUAACCAUUUUUACAUUUUAUAAAAACUGACUGGCAAAUGAAGACUGAAAAGAAUAUUUAGUAAGUCCCCAGAUGAAAAACCAACAAAACCAUAGAGUGCAGAUUUUUUCCUAACAAUGAGUCACCUCAAGAUGGUUACCCUAAGCCAUGGUGAUGAUAUUUUUCACAAUUUUAUUUUCCUAAUGCCCCUAGAAAUAAAUGUUGUCCUUAUUUGAUUUUAGCCAUCAAAUAUAUUAUGGUAUGGGAAAAGUCAGCCAUAUAUCAGAAAUAGUCUUCUUUUUAUUUAAAAACAUUUCUUGAUGUACUUAUUGUAAUGACUACUUUUUUGUCUUUUUAGCCUUAAAGAAUUAUAGAGGACUAUAGGCUGACUGGUCUUGCAUUUUUAAUUCUGUAAAUCUUUGGUUAUUGCACAUUGUACUUCCUGUUUUCAUGGAUUUAUUCAUUUGCCUCCUUUUAUUUUGAAGGAAUAACAUGCACAGUUAAAUCCUUGUCAGUAGUGGGGGAGAUUAUGCUGCUAUUGUCAUAAUAUUUUCAUUUUUUCUGCACGCCAAAAAUAAUGCUUGCCAAACAAAAUCUUAGACAUCCCAGCAUAAUAUGGUCAUUAUAUUUAUAUUCCUGUUAUUGACAAUACCUAGUUCAGUGCCUGGGUCAAUAAAUGUUUAUUUCCCUUGCCUACCCUUCCUUUAUUUUUAUUUGACAUGGAAAUAAGCAGAAUAAUAUGUGCGUGUCUGAAGCAAAUUUCUUGAAGCAUUUUUGCUGCUAAGGGAUCUAUAAUCUGGAAAUUGUUGGUAUAAAUUGGACCAAAACAAUUUUCCUCCUUUAUCUGUAUCCUUCCAUAUGAUUGCAAAACAUAAUUUCCUUCCUUCAUCCCAUCACUUUCACAUGAGAACCUGAUAAAAAUAGAGCGACACAGAAUGAGGAACGUGGGGAUCAAACCAGAGAAGCUCAUUUAAAUAUUGUGAAAUAAACGAGAGACCAAACCAUUUUUUUUAAGAAUGGGAUCCUUUUGAAUGGUAUGAUUCGUCCACAUUACUAACAUCGUUUUGGACAAAAUCCAUUGGAUUAAAUGCAAAAUGAUGACCUUUUUAUUUUUCACGGAUCUAUAUCAAAAAUCUUCACCUACUGUUCAUGCUUGUGUUAAGAAUAAUGAAAUAGUAUGGGGGUUGGCUUUACA